AUGAUGGCGCAUAUGCCGACACCGCCCCCGAGCUUCGAACAUCUGGAUCCUUUAGACGCCUCUUUGGGCGAUUUCGAGCCGACGACCCCUCCCCCGAACCAACAGACCAAAAUGCCCUUGUUCGGCUACCCGUCGCACCACUCGGGGUUCAGGUCCGACCUGGACGCAGAGAGCGACCUGGGCCCGGACCCAGAAAACUCAGUCUCCGCCGGUGGCUACAGUCCUCCGGCCUGGCGCCGCCUCGGGAACGGAAGCCGCGACAGCGGCUUCUGGAGGCGGAGUGAAGACAUUCUCGGAGCAUUCCCCCCACCCGACAGACGUUUGUUCGGCCACAGGUCCAGGGAGUCCAGCCCGGAGCUUGAUACCGAAGACGAGGAUGAGGAUGUCCUGCGCCGCGCAAUGCGUACGAGGCUGCCGACGGGUAGCAUGAGCCCCGACAAAGGUCGUUCGCCCAGUCCUGAGCCCAGAAUCGACGAUAGAACGAUCAAGCUGAAUGAGCUCCAAUGGAAGGAGACAAAUAUCCGAUUCGCAUUGCGCGCGGAAGUCCAGCAGCGCACAGAACCCAUUGAGGCAUUCGUCCAGUUCUUCCGCUCCAAAUGGCAAUUCUUGACUCAUUCGUGGUCAUCCACGAUCCUCUCUACUAUUGUCGCGGUGCUUGCCAUCAGCGCUAUGCGCAACCUCUUCCAGCCCGCGGCACAACUGCCUGUGCCAGAUCUUGUGAAGGUCGCCGGCAUCGCGCGCUCAUUCGAACCACUCAUCUACUUUUCAGAAAAUGGCGCAUCACAGGUCGGCGAUUUGCAAGCUACCGGCGUUGCGGUCUGGGAUCUCGGCGAGAGCGUGAGGUCAAGCAACAUGACCUCUGCGCCCAUUAUCGUCAAGGAGCUUGACGACCUCAGCGACAGCCUGAAAACCCUAGCUAUCGAGCUUACAAAGUUCUUUGCCAAUGUCGACGGCGACAUUGACGGUAUUCUCAUCGUCAUGGACUGGGCGCGUAGGGAGCUCUCCCACGUCCAGCAUCUUCCGUCAUCACCCUUCACCGCUGCCUUUGAUAACAUCCAUAACAUACUGUCACAAACUGGCGUCCUCGAAGAUCCUGGCGGUAUCCCGACCCGAUUGGGGUCGUUGUCCACAUACAUCUUUGGCAUGUCCAAUCCUCAGCGCACAAAGCUGACGCUCCAGCGCACAUUCAAUGAGUUUCUCACCGUCCUCGAGGAUGCCAUCAACUCUGAGCUGCAACAUUCUCUGGCUCUAUUCGCCCUAUUCGAGGCCAUUGAUCAUCAGUUCCUCAAUCUCGCAAGGACAGUCGUCCGCGAGGCUUCGGCCCAGGAUGACCAGCACGCCGACCUGCUCUCGUCCCUCUGGACGCGCAUCUUGGGGCCGAAUUCGGCGGAGGUCGCCAAGUACGAGCGCAACAGGCUUCUGCUGCAGAAUGUCAGGGAGAAGACCGUUCGGAACAAGAGCAUCCUAGUCGAACACAACGGCAAGCUCAUGGCGCUCAAAGCCAACCUCGAGAACUUGAGAAGGAAACUCGUCAGCCCGCUCGUCCGGUCCGUCAACUCUAGCACCUUGACUCUGGAAGACCAGAUCAGGGGCCUGGAGGACGUCGGCGGCUACCUCGAGGGCGUGAGGACGAGGCAGAAGGGCAAGUUGAUGGAGAUGUUGUACGGCAGCAUAGGAAACAACCGCAGGGCGAUUGACGAGCGUAAAUAUGAUCGGACGGCGUAA